AUCGUUUGUAGAUUGUUUACAUUCGUGAUUCGUUGCUUUUAGAAGAUUUCCAUUAUCUCUCUUAUCAGUGCCUCGACUCGAAAAGUCACGUUGUCAGCGCGAUGGCCCUUUCGAUCUUUAAAGAUCUGCCGGCGGAGCAUCCACGCCACCUGAUUCCAUCGCUAUGCAGGCAAUUCUAUCAUUUGGGAUGGGUAACCGGCACAGGCGGUGGCAUGAGCAUAAAACACAAUGAUGAGAUCUACAUAGCACCAUCGGGCGUGCAGAAGGAGCGCAUGCAACCGGAGGAUCUGUUUGUGCAGGACAUGACUGGCAUAGAUCUGCAGCUGCCGCCGGAGAUCAGAGGCCUGAAGAAGAGCCAGUGCACGCCGCUCUUCAUGUUGGCCUAUCAACAUCGCCAGGCCGGAGCCGUUAUCCAUACCCAUUCGCAGCACGCCGUAAUGGCCACGCUACUGUGGCCGGGUAAAACCUUCCGCUGCACCCACUUGGAGAUGAUCAAGGGCGUGUACGAUGAGGCGGAUAAGCGAUAUCUGCGCUACGACGACCAACUGGUCGUCCCAAUCAUCGAGAACACACCCUUCGAGCGCGACCUUGCCGAUAGCAUGUACGCCGCCAUGAUGGAGCAUCCCGGUUGCAGUGCCAUCCUGGUCCGACGGCAUGGCGUCUACGUUUGGGGCAAGAACUGGGAGAGCGCCAAAACCAUGUCGGAAUGCUAUGACUAUCUGUUCUCCAUUGCCGUGGAAAUGAAAAAGGCCGGAAUCGAUCCGGAGAAGUUCGAGAGCGCCUCAGGAAAUUGAGCUGAUUUAAAUACACACGCCAUUCGUCGUUUAAUCCUAUACAAACGUAAUGCUGCAUUUACUAUCAGAAAUGUUGUAAUCUAUGCAAGAUAAUAGUAAUGGUAAAUGUAUCCGUUUUGUAGGCAUUCAUGGGCUAAAUAUAAGCAAACUUCUACAAUACAAAUCGUACUGUAAGUCCCUGUAAAAUCAAAGGUUGACUUCUAUAAUAUGAUUUAUAAAACUUAA